AUUUGGAGUGUGUAACGGGUAGGCAGAGGAUAUUUUGUCAGAGUAGUGUUCUUUUGCGUAGUGUAUUUCUUUUUGUAUUGAAUUAUUUUUUUGUGUGAAAUGGAGGAAGGAGUUCCUGGACCGUCUAGCGUGUCUCCAACAAAGAGAAAUUCAUCGGGAAAGCCCGUUGGAUCUUCUCAAAAAAUGAUGAUCGUGAAUCUAUACAAAAGCCUCAAGGCGGAGCAUCCGGAAAUGAGUUACAGACAACUCAUAGAGUUGCUAUCCAAACGGACUGGAAUCGGGCAGUUGAUAAUUUCUAAGACUGUGUCCGAGUAUAAGUCAACAGGAACCGUUAAGUCUCCAAAUAAGAAGAGACUCCGCAUAAAUAUUUUGGAGAAGACAUCCGAGGAGGCGAUACUGGCCAUAAGGGGGAAGGUGUACGAAUUUUGGUUCAGGCGCGAAAUUCCAAACGUGAACAACGUUUUGGAAGCGGUGAAUCAAGAUCCUGAACUUCCCAGUUUUAACGAAUCGUCGCUAUACCGGUUGCUGAAGCGAAUUGAAUUUAAAUGUAUCAUUCGCGCGUGUAACAGUGCGCUGAUCGACAAAAAUCAUAUUGUCGUCUGGAGGCAGCGCUACAUUCAGCAAGUACAAAAAUAUCGUUCCGAAGGGCGCCCGAUGUAUUUCUUAGAUGAAGCAUGCAUUGAGACUUCUGUUACCUGCCCUGCAAACGCGGAACAAAGGGGCCUGUCCAUUGGCAAGCCGGAGCCCGCCAACAAAGGAGAACGACUGACAAUAGGCCACGUCGGGUCAUCGGAUGGGUUUGUACCUGGGGCCCUCCUCUGUUUGGAGGCGAAGAAAAAUUCUGCCGACUACUACAACGAAAUAAAUGGCGACAUAUUUUUCAACUGGUUUCGCAGCGUUUUGCCCAUGUUACGAGAUGGGGCAGUUAUCGUUAUAGACAAUGCUCCGUGUCAUAGUAUGAAAUUAGAGAAAUAUCCCACCAUGAGCUGGAAGAAAAACGAUAUUAUCAGGUGGCUGAUUGCUAAGGGGGAAAAGGUAGAACCAUGGUAUGUCAAAGCGCAGCUGGUACAAAUAUCGCGCAAGCUAAGGCGAUAUGAAUAUGUAAUCGACGAAUACGCCAGGCUGCAUGGACAUACUGUGGUACGCCUUCCCCCUUACCACUCUGAGCUGAACCCCAUCGAGUUAGCAUGGGCAAAAAUCAAAGAGUAUGUGUGGGCGCGAAGCACAACAUGUGAUAUCCAGACACUGGUAUUAGAAGCCGUGGAAAAUGUGUCCGCCGAGUCGUGGCAGAAUUUUAUUCGCCGGACGACGGAGGAGGAAAACAGGUACUGCCAACUCGACCACAUUACUGAUAAUAUUCUGGACGCAAGUGGUGAGUGGGUGGACCAAUCCGAUGACUCCGACAGUGAUAUCGGUUUUUAAAUAUCCUUUUUUGUGUGUAAAUAUUUUGUAAAUAGUAAAUAUCAUAUAAAUAGCGUAUUUUAUGUGUAAAUAUUUUGUAAAUAGUACAUUUUCUUGUAAAUAUGUAAAUAGCGCAUCAAUGUAUAUAUGGAUAUUUUUUUAUAAAUAUUAAACACAUACUGAACGUGUGCAGACGCGCACGGUUUUUUA